AUGUCUUCGUCUCCGUCGGCGGACAGCUCUGCCCCGCACCUCCGCAAGCCCCUUGGCUCUAGCAAGGGCGCGGGCAGCGAUAUGUCCAUGAUGUUCUUCGCCCAGCCCGACUGCCCCGCGAGGUUCGCCCACCACGACGAGCACCGCAUUAGGGGCCUCAACGCUGAGGCUAUCGCCCGCGUCCUCCUGCCGGUGCCCUCGUGGCUGCUCGAGGCCGACUACGCACCCCUCCGGGCCGAGGGCGACGACCUGGGCCCCUCUCUCUUCUUUAGCCUCAACCUCUCUAUCUACGGCCAGCCAAUCGUCGACACGGACUGGUCCGAGCAGUGGUUCUUUAUGAGCGGCCGCGUUCACCCCUACGCCCUCGCCUGGGAGGUGGAGCGCCGCGACGGUCUUGAGGCUCUCGCGAAGAGAGGGUGCAAGUGA